AGAACACAGGCGGAGGUAGCGAGGGUUUAAGGAAAAACCUGUCCUGACUUGUUCCUCGAUGGGUCUGUGAGAGAACUUAGGAAGAUGCCUCGUACGACCACAUUAGAAUGCCCUGGUUGCCCUCCUCUUCGAGCAGUAACCUUCGACGCGCUUGGUCUCAUCAAAGUUAUCGAAGCCCAUGGCAAGCAAGGAGCGGUUCCUAAGGUGGUUGAGAGGUGGGGUGAACCGGACUCCUCGAAAUGUGUGGUCGCCGCUUCUAUCAUUGACCGUAAAAUUGAUCCGUUAUUAGCAGUGGCAAGAAAAACUGGUAUGAUUGAAGUUCUAAGCCCGAUUAAUGGGGAUCGUCGUUUCAUGGUUUCUAAUGUCGACGAUGCUGGUCUUCGACCUGAAGAGGAUGCUGUUGUUGGUUUGCAUUUAUUUGCGACACAGAAAUCAGAUUUGACAUCCAGGUCUUGCGCUUUGCUUUCUUGUACAACAAAAGGAAACACAAGUAUGAGGUCAAUUCAAGUUCCUGAUUCACCCGAAGGUUCUGCAUCUAUUGGUUCUUCGAGAACUUGGAGUGUUUGUGCUUCUGGGAAUAUCUCAUGUUCUAAAGUGGAUGGUAGUGAAAAUUAUGCUUUAUUUGGUGGGAAGGGUGUUGAAGUUAACGUGUGGGAUCUUGAAAACUGUGCUAAGAUCUGGACUGCUAAAUCUCCUCCUAAGAACAGUCUUGGUAUUUUUACCCCAACUUGGUUUACAGCUGCAACAUUCCUGAGUAAGGAUGACCACCGUAAAAUAGUGGCUGGCACCAACAGUCAUCAGGUUCGCCUCUAUGAUAUUUCUGCUCAGCGAAGACCUGUUAUCUCGUUUGAUUUCAGGGAGACUCCCAUCAAAGCAGUAGCCGAAGAUUUAAAUGGUUAUACAGUCUAUAUAGGGAAUGGGUCUGGUGACCUUGCUUCUGUUGACAUGCGAACAGGGAAAUUGUUGGGGUGCUUUUUGGGCAAAUGUUCUGGAAGCAUCAGAUCUAUAGCCAGGCACCCGGACUUUCCAGUGAUAGCAUCAUGUGGACUGGACAGUUAUGUACGCUUUUGGGAUGUAAAGACGAGACAACUUCUUUCUGCGGUUUUCCUGAAGCAGCAUCUUACCAAUGUUGUCUUCGAUUCCAAUUUUGAUGAUGAAGGAGUUAAACCUUCUGUGGCUGAUCCAUCUCUAGAUGCCGAACAAAUUGCAAGUGAGACUGAAAUUAGAGAUAAGGAAGAAACAUUGCCUGUGAAAAGAAAGAAGGCUUUAAAAAAAGAUGAAGCGAGCAAGAAGAAAAAGGCAACAAAUGAAAAUGAAGCAAGCAAGGAGGUAUCCAUAGAAAACGAUGGACUCAAUAAGAAGGCAUCAAAAGAAAACAAGAGCAGCAAGAUGCUAAAAUCCAAGAAAAGAAGCAAAAGAUCAAAACACGAGGCUCUUAACAAUGCAUCAUGAUUCAGACGAAUUCCAUGCUUGUGUAAAAUUGCAGUGACAUAGUCGAACUCUGACAUGCAUUGUGAUUAAGGCAGCACAAUGAAAGAAACCAAAGGGUGGAGGACAGCUGCUGUGAAUCCAAAUUUUUGCCAAGAAAUACAUUAGGGGUAUCGUAAUUCUUUCGGCUACGAGGCGAAAAUACAGCUUAGCGAUUAAAUCAUGCUGAGGAAAGAUAAUGAUGUUAAUUUAUUUGGUGUGGUGACAUGUCCUUAGAUUCCAGACUACAAUAUGCUUUUGGUCGGAUCGAUAAACAUUGAAUUCUUUUUGUCAAUGUUUUGUUUGAUUAUUAAGGAAAAUGUUUCAUCCUUUGCUUA